AUGUUCGCAGGCGGUGGUGAUUAUUUCGUGAGUCACAUGGAAUGGAGAGUCAUAUUUGGAAUAAAUUAAUUCUACAUUUAUGGCAAUGAAUGAAAACUAACGAUAAUCGAACCAUUCAUUGUUUUCAACUGUAUCUUAUCCUUAUUUCCAUCUUUUGUAAUAUGUUGAUAAAUAAAAAACGCACUUAAUAUAUUUGUAUAAUUGAUAGAACACAUUGCUCUGUGCGCCAAGAAGCUGUUCGGAUGUAUCCUUAAGAAGGCGUAAAAAUGAAUUGGAAUAUUAACAAAAUUAUUUUACUAGUACUGAAUAUAUAUGCGUUUACCGUGCACUGCAAAAAUGUGGAUGAAGCCAACUCGAUUAAUUACGAUGUCUUCAAAUCAAUUAAGAAAUCUGCAGAGAAUAUUAAUUUGUCUAAAAGUUUGAAAUUAAUUUCUGAAGAAGAUAAAAAAAUUUUAAAUGCAUUCCAGGAUUUUCUGCCGAAUGCCAUUCAACCAAUUUUACUUGAAAUGCUGUCUCAAACUGCAUCAGACAAGUGUGUUCAGGAUAUACAAUAUGCUUUUCAAAGCCUUUGGCCACCGUCUAAUUGGGCAAUGAAAAUGGUGGAUUCGUAUGGAAAACCAGAAAGCGGAAUCCUUCUCGGAAACUUUAAAUGGCUUGGAGAAUACGACGAAUGUCUCAAGGUUUACGCGCCUCCCAAAGGAAAAACGGGGCUUGGAGAUUUCCAUGGAAAAUAUUGCGCCCUGGAAAUUCCCCUGAAACUGGGUAAAACGGCCUUGCCAUUAUCUACAGCAGUGUGUUUGCCUGACUCUUGCAAUCCGAAUCGGACAAUUAAUGGCCUGUUCAAUGGUUUAGAAUCCAUUCUCACCGGUAUAAUUCCGUACAAUCUGACAGGCAUUGAUGUAAUAAUGGAAUCAAUAGUAGGUAAUGCAACUAUAAGUUGCCAAUCUAAACCAAAAGGAUUAACCGCUAGUGCUAUUGUUGUUAUAACUCUUCUAUCUAUCAUCAUUUCUAUAGCUGUGAUAGGAAGCUCCAUAACUGUUCUGGAAUAUUAUUUGAAACGUGAAAGAACACAGAGUGCUGCAAACACUGGUGAUAAAAUUUCACUUAAUGGCGACGUUGAAACUGUAUCUCGUGAUCAUGUUUCCGAGCUUGGAUCAAACAGCGAAGUCAGACUACCAGUCUGGUUAGAGAAAUACAAGCCAUUUUUCAACUGUUUUUGCAUUUUUACCAAUGGUGAAAAGUUAUUGAAUACGGAUAGUGCUGAGGGCCAACUCCCUUGUCUUCACGGCCUUCGAUUCUUAAGUAUGGUGUGGGUUAUAGUUUGUCACAGCUAUUUGGCAUCGGCAUCUUAUAUAAGCAAUUCUCUUGGGGCCAUUGACUACAUUGACAACUGGACUUUUCAAGUCAUUUUGAAUGGAUUUUUUUGCGUUGAUUCCUUUUUUGUUCUCAGCGGAUUCUUAGUUGGCUAUGUAUAUUUUCAACAUGCUCAAAAAACAGAUGGAAAAAUCCCAUGGCUUUAUUUUUAUGCUCAUCGAUAUAUAAGACUUACUCCAGUUUACGUGAUCGUUAUGUUAUUUUUUGCUACUAUUAGUCCAUUUUUAGGAUCUGGUCCACUAUGGCCAGAAGAAACAGUUGUUCAGGCGUGUAAAGAUUACUGGUGGUGGAAUUUGCUUUAUAUCAAUAAUUUCCAACCUCAGACUGAAGAGUGCAUGCCAUGGUCUUGGUAUCUCGCGAAUGAUAUGCAAUUUUACAUUAUCAGUCCUUUGCUCUUAAUUACUUUGUAUAGAUGGCCGAAAAUUGGAUACUCAUUUCUAGGAUUGUUCUUCGGCAUAUCCUUCACAACUAAUUUUGCCCUCACCUAUGUAUACAACUUGCUUCCAGGAAUGGGAAACAUGAUGGAAUAUGCUGAUGAUCUUGAGAACUAUUAUCCUAGAGUGUUGGACUUUUCCACUAUAAUUUAUAUCAAGCCUUAUACAAGAAUAUGUGCUUAUUUAGUUGGACUUCUUAUAGCAUAUAUCGUAUGUAAAAGGAAAGAGAAUAACUCUCCUAAACUGAACACAAUAACAUUAUGGACAGGAUGGGCACUUGCAUCUGGUGUAGCCUUGACUUGUCAGUUUGUUCUUUACCAUCAAAAACUGUCACUUGUUGAAACGGCAUUUUACAAUGCCUUAAGCCGAAUAGGUUUCUCCUUAGGCGUAGGGUGGGUUAUUUUUGUAUGCGUUAUUGGACAGGGAGAUGUUGUUAACAGUAUUCUUUCUUGGAAACCUUUGAUUCCUCUAAGCCGGCUCACUUACUGCGCUUACCUUUUGCACCCUGUUGUUCAAACUGUAUAUUUUUUUUCACUUAGGAAGUUGGUUGAAUUUAAUCAUUUUAAUAUUAUGAUGCUAUUUUUUGGUACUCUUUUUAUUUCCUACUUUGUUGCUCUGGUGACAUCUUUGUUGUUCGAAUCUCCGGUGAUAAGACUGGAAAGACUUCUCAGAAACAAGUUUUCAUCUUGAAAAAUAAUUCAUUUUAGCGCUUAAUUCCAAUUUAAAAAAUAAUUAAUAGGAAAUAUUUUCUCAUACUAUAUUAUUUUCUUUCCACUCUAAGCCAUUCAUUAAUUAUUAUUGCAAUUAUUCAUAAUUAGCUAGUAAAUUAUAAUAAUUAAAAAUAUUUCCAUUAAAACAAUCGAUGCAAUCAUUUUCAAACAGCCCCCUUUCCUUCUCAAAUAAUCAUAACAACUUUCGUCAACUGAAGUUUUAAAUAUGUUAACAUUAAAGUAUAUUAUUCUAUAAUUUCAUAAAAUUCUUAAUUAUUUCAAAAAAAAUAAUUUGUUAUGAUUUAUGAAUUAUUACAUACAUAUCUAGUUAUUUUAUCAUAUUUUACAAUUUUAUAAAAUAAUGUUUCUUACUUUAACGAAUUGUUAAUGUUUUUUACUUUAUAUAUAUAUAUACGCGAAAACGUAU